CUUGCUCUCCCUUGUGAACACAGAGUACACUCCUCUAAACUACCAAGUCUCACUUAAGUCGACGGCCUCCACACUUCAGUGAAUCCACUCCCCAAUUAGGAAGACUCUACGCACUGACUCGUUGCUCCAAGUCAAGCUGGUAUCACCGUGCGCACCGACGCCGGCCGGCCGCGGCGGCGAUGGCUGGCUUUCCGCUGAUCACAUCAGCGAUCACUUGCGCAGUGGGCAUCAUCUUCUUCUCCGUUUGCUACCUGCAUCCGGCACCGGUCGCCGCCUUGUACUUCAACUACUCCACCUUCAGCCAGGACGACGGGAACACCAUCAGACUCGAAGGCGACGCCUCCUUCGGCGACGGGUGGAUCGACAUCAGCGCCAACAGGUACGGCCACAGGGGACACAGCAAAGGCCGGGCAUCGUACAGCGCCCGGCCGAUGCUCCUCUGGAGCAGGGACACCGGCGAGGUUGCCAGCUUCACCACGCGCUUCUCCUUCAACAUCACCCCGCCCAAAGAGGACGGCGGCAUCGACAACAAGGGCACCGGCAUGGCCUUCUUCCUCGCCGCCUACCCGUCCAUGCUCCCGAGCGGGGUCGAUGAGCUCGGCUACAACAUCGGUCUCACCGACCAAGGCCCGGACGCCGUGGCGACUGGCGACAGCCGGUUCGUCGCGGUGGAGUUCGACACCUUCAACAACACCAUGGUGCACGACCCCGACGCCACCUACGACCACCUCGGCAUCGAUGUCAACUCAGUCGUGUCCAACAAGACCUUGACCUUGCCCAGCUUCACCCUCGUCGGGAACAUGACCGCCGUCGUCGAGUACGACAACGUCUCCAGCAUCCUGGCCAUGAGGCUGCACCUCGGCUAUGGGCUUAGUGGCCCCCGUCACCGGCCGGAUUACAACCUUAGCUACAAGGUUGACCUCAAGAGCGUGCUGCCGGAGCUGGUCUCCGUUGGCUUCUCCGCCUCCACGACCACAUCCUUUGAGCUGCAUCAGCUGCAUUCAUGGUAUUUCAGCUCAUCGUUGGAACCAAAGGCCGCGGUGCGUGGCAGAGUUGUAGCGGGAGCCACCGUUGGCACGGUAAUGUUCGUCAUACUCCUCUUCGCCAUGGUAGCAGUCCUUGUACGACAACGUCAGAGCAAGAAGAGGGAGACAGAGGAGGCAAAGAACGGAGGCAUGGAUGGCAGCGACGACGACGAUGACGACGACGGCGAGACCAUCGUAGAGAUCGAGAUGGGGACGGGGCCAAGGCGAUUUCCAUACUACGAACUUGUCGAGGCGACCAAGAGUUUCGCGGCGGAGGAGAAGCUUGGGCAAGGCGGUUUCGGCACAGUGUAUCGGGGCUACCUCAGAGAGCAGGGCCUCGCCGUCGCCAUAAAGAGAUUCACCAAAGAUUCCUCCAAGCAAGGCAGGAAGGAGUACAAGUCAGAGAUCAAGGUCAUAAGCCGUCUGCGCCACCGCAAUCUCGUGCAGCUCAUCGGCUGGUGCCAUGGCCACGACGAGCUCCUUCUUGUUUACGAGCUCGUCCCCAACCGUAGCCUCGACAUCCAUCUCCACGGCAAUGGCACCUUCCUCACAUGGCCAAUGAGGUUAUUAACUCUUGCUAAUUUUGUCUUAAUCUUUGUAGUGUCAACUUAAUUGGCGAACAUAUUGUCAAAUUUUACUCAGGUUUACGAACUUGCUAAGUGCACAUCGAGAUCUCUAAACUUGGUUUAGAGUAUCAUCUCGGUCCAAAGCCGCGUUUGACCGUGCUCUUGCCUAUGUGACACGCCACAUAGACGAUGACAUGGAAUUUUUUUUCUCCUUUUUCUUUUUUUUUUCUCCUGCGCAACCGAAUCGUUAACCAUGUUCCCUUAUACAGUUUCG